AGCGCGAGAAGAAUAAAAAUGUCUGACGUCAGCCACGUCAGAUUUCAGUUGUCCAAGAUGGCGAAGGAGAGCGGGCCGAGGAAUAGAAAUCACUUCGGUGGUAACUCCAAAAGCCGACUCGAAGACGAAGGUUUUAAAGACAUGGAAGAUGGCCCCACUUUUCACCGUAAUCAGACGCCUCCUUUAGCCAGGCCUGAAGACCUGAUGGAUGGGUUAACUAUCAGGACCAUUUCUUCUUCCUGUCUAUAUGACAGCAUCAGUCCUUCACCAGAUGAAGGCAUUGAGGAGGAAAAGGGUGUGGUGGAGGAGGAAAAGCCAGGACCCGUCCAGAUCGUCCGAGCCAGUGAGAGUGACUACAUCUUUGAGCUUGACGCUGCUGCGCUGCAAAGGAUCCUGCUGCAGGAUCAUUUGAAGGACCUGAAUGUGGUGGUUGUAUCUGUAGCUGGGGCUUUUCGAAAGGGCAAGUCCUUUCUGCUGGACUUUAUGCUGCGCUACAUGUACAGUCAGCAGAGCGGCUCAUGGAUAGGAGGAGACGACGAGCCCCUGACAGGGUUCAAAUGGAGGGGAGGCUGCGAAAGGGAGACCACAGGAAUUCAGGUGUGGAGCGACGUGUUUGUGGUUGAAAAGCCUGAUGGCAGCAAGGUUGCUGUACUCCUCGUUGACACUCAGGGAGCAUUCGACAGCCAGUCAACCUUAAAGGACUCUGCUACUGUGUUUGCUCUCAGCACCAUGACCAGCUCUGUCCAGGUGUACAACCUCUCCCAUAACAUCCAGGAGGAUGAUCUGCAGCAUCUGCAGCUCUUCACUGAAUAUGGACGACUGGCAAUGGAAGAAACUGAAUCAAAACCUUUCCAGUCCUUGAUGUUCCUGAUUCGGGAUUGGAGUUUUCCUUAUGAACACACAUACGGAUUGGAAGGAGGUAAUACUUUACUACGAAAGAGACUGGAGGUUAAAAACUACCAACAUGAAGAGUUGCAGAAUGUAAGGAAGCACAUUGACUCCUGCUUCACCAAGAUCAGCUGCUUCCUGCUGCCACAUCCAGGCCUCAAGGUGUCCACCAACCAACACUUUGAUGGAAGGCUAAAAGAUGUUGAAGAUGAUUUUAAAACACAGCUGGCUGAGCUGGUGCCUCUUCUCCUGGCCCCAGAUCGGUUGGUGGAAAAGGAGAUCAGUGGAAGCAAAAUCACAUGCAGGGAUCUAGUGGAGUACUUCAAGGCCUACAUAAAGAUUUACCAAGGUGAUGAGCUUCCUCACCCAAAGUCCAUGCUGCAGGCUACAGCAGAGGCCAAUAAUCUGACUGCUGUGGCCGGAGCCAAAGACUUGUACAGCAAGAGUAUGGAGCAGGUCUGUGGAGGCGACAAGCCUUACAUGGCCCCGGCUGAUCUGGAGCGCUACCACGCAGCUUUCUCCGAAGACUCUGUGAAACUUUUCCGCUCCAUAAAGAAAAUGGGUGGUGAGGAGUUCUGUCAGCGCUACCAGAAGCAGCUGAAUUCAGAACUGGAGGAGGCCUACACCAACUUCUCCAAACACAAUGAGGGCAAAAACAUCUUCUAUGCAGCUCGCACCCCCGCUACACUUUUCGUCGUCAUGUUUUUCACCUACGUGCUGUCCGGAGUGACCGGCUUCAUCGGCCUGAGCUUCUUGGCUGCGCUGGUGAACCUGAUCUUGGGCGUGGUGCUGAUGCUCCUCUGCGUCUGGGCAUACGUGAAGUAUUCAGGAGAGUUUCGGGAGGCAGGAAUGUUGAUAGACCAGGUGGCUGAAGCACUCUGGGAACAGGUUUUGAAGCCACUAGUUGAAAAUUAUAUGGAGGACAAUGUCAGACAGACGGUCUUUAACUCCAUCAAAGCCAGCUUGGCAGAACAGGGCUCACGGCCCACCAGGUUAAAGACUGACUAAGGCUGUUCCUCUUCGUCUUCAUCGUGCUGGUUGUCCACCCACUGUCCACUGCUAGAACUGUGGGACUAGUUCAACACCAAAGCUGACCCUGUUUUUUUAUGUUGUUUUUGUUUUGGGGGGGGGGGUGUGAGGGGUCAAGUUGUCUUGUCACCGCCCCGUCUGUCUCUGUGGACCUGUAGCCAGGAAGUCUGGCCUGCUCUUCAUCGCCCCCCAGUGCCUCACACAACAUGCUGCACAAUCAAGAAAGGACUGAGCAGAGAAGCCAGUGGCAUCAUCCUCUGGAUCACCCGCCAUGCUCCAUGUUUUUUCUGUGCGUUGGUUGUUAUUGCUGGAAUCACAUUGCACUCACUUCACAAUGAGGAAAACUGACACCGCUGUGGGCAGCUGCUGCUGCACACUGCAACUCUUCAAAGGGCAUGUUUUCCUUUCUCUCACUGACUUAUCCACUCAGAAAACAUGUAGUGAGUCGAUUCCUGGAAUCGAUUCUGUUACAAUGAAAACAAGUAGGAGAGAAAGGGUUUGGUUUAUCCACAUCACAGGAAAUGAUUUAUUUCUUUUUUUUUUUUUUGGUCCAAUUGGAAACACUGAGGUAAUAUUUUAUGAUCAAUCUCUGGGGUCAGGUUGCCUUCACAUGAGAUGUCUGCACCUUUCUCUGUUUCCCUUUAAUAUUUCUUAUGGAUAACUGAAGAGCUGCCGGUAGCACCAAGUAUUUCCCUACUGUUUUUCUUCUUUAAGGCGGUGUGUUUAUUUUAGAUAGUGAAGUGUGCUUUGAAACUGCCUUUGGUGUCUCAUAGCAAACGUGCCAGUAUUCAGCUCUGUGCAUGCUGUUAAGAGCUUUUAGAGCCCAGCUAUAGACAAGUGGUUCAUUUUAAACAGUUUUCUCAUCCAUGCCUUCCAUUAAAGCUGCACCAGCACAGACUGGUUGCAGUUUCAGAAGCUGUAUGUUUUUUGUUUUUGUUUUUUUGCUGUGGGAGCUCCAGCUCAGAUGAUUGGUCUCAUUCUUGGUUUGAUUUGUUGUUCUGUGAGGAUUAAACCAAGGCACUGAUGUCUCCUUUCAUUGAGAAAUUGGCUGGGCUGGACCUCUCAGAAACAAAAGAAAAUGUAUUUUAAUGCACAACAUGAACCUCCUUGAGGAACUCCGCCAUGUUUGAUUUUAGCUUUUCACGCCAACCGCUGCAUGUGUCUUUUACACUGAUUCUCACCACAAACGCCAGUCUCAUAAUGUACAGUUUCUCUUUUUCUGUGCUCGUGUUAUAAAUCAGGCAUGUAUGUUGAUUAUUUAAAUAAACGAUGUACACAUUUUAUAGAGAAUCAGUUUACCAUGGCUGCUUUCUUCUCGAGUAACUUUCCAGUCUGGUCUGGUAAAGGAUAGGUUCCUGCUGUAGGUUUACAUUAGCUUCUCAUCUUCACCAGAACGGACCGGACGGCUGUAUGUUGCGGACACUUGCAUCCAGACUGGACUGUUUGCUGGAUUGGAGGCAUUAGCCUGUCUUUUAGAGAUUUCUCUGGUAAUUUAUUUUUGAUCAAAAUGUUCAUUUUAAGAAUAAAUCAUAUACACAGUC